AUGGCAUACUCAAAACUAUUUUUAGGAAAUUUACCUGAAUUAAUAUGUGAAAUUAUACAGUAUUUUAGGAAUGAUCUUUCAACAUUGUAUUCAUGUAUUUUAGUCAACAAAUUAUGGUGUCGCUUAGCAAUUCCAUUGUUAUGGGAAGAUCCAUUUUCUUCAACUCACGUUCAAAAUUUUCAAUUUAUUGAAAUUUACUUAUGUAAUUUAAAUGAGGAUGAUAGAACAAAAUUUAAUGAAUAUGUAAACCAAUUAGUGAAUAUGGAAUUAAUGGCAAAUUGUAAACAAUUAGUGAAUAUGGAAUUAAUAGCAAAUUGUUCCAGUACAUUAUUCAAUUAUUCUAGUUUUAUUAAACGUUUAAAUACACAUAAAGUUGCUUAUUCUAUUGAAAAUUGGUUAAUGGAUGAUAAACAUUGGGAAAAUUAUCCUAGUUUUAUUGAACUAAUUACUAAAAAUUUGCUUAUACAUUUGGAGAUCUCAAUAUUAGUUUAUAGAUUACUAUUUAAAAUGUUUAUUGAAAAUGAAGGAAAUUUACAUUCUUUUGAAGUUGAAGUACGUACAUAUGAUGAUCGUAAUUACUAUCUUAAUGAUACUAUGGAAUUAACUUUACAAAAUCCAAAUUUUACUUGCAAUAUUAGACAUUUAAAUUUAAUAUUUUAUAUGGAUAUUAUAUAUAUCGAUAUUAAUACAAAUUUCUUUCUUUUACUAAAAUUUUUAUGUUCUAAUUGUAAUUCAAUCUCAUCAUUUUAUAUUAGAAUUAUUAAUAUUUAUAAAUUUGAAGGGACUAAGCAUGUUGAAAAAUGGUUAACACAAAUGAUUAAUACACAACAGAAUCUCAAAAAAAUUUCAUUUGAACAAAAUAACUUUUUAUACUAUUCAUUUUCAUCAUUAAAAAAUUCCAAUAUUUCAAAUACUUUGAAAAUAAUUACAUUCUAUAUAAUUGAUUUUAAGGAAAUAAUUAAUAAUAUUCAAGAAAUAUUCAAUCAAUUGAAUGUUUUAGAAACUAUUCAUAUUAUUUAUUGUUAUUCUUUAAAUUCUGAUUUUGUUCAACAAAUUAUUAAUGUUAUUAGACCAUUUAAAUUAAAAUCUUUGAUCAUGAACCAAAUAUUAUUAAAUGUUGAAUUAUUACAAUUGCUAAUACAAAAAUUUGGUAGUGAUUUAGAAAAUUUUGGAUUUGGCCAUUAUAAAUUACCAAUACAAAAAAAACAACAAUUAUUCAAAUUAAUUAUAAAAUACUGUAGAAAAAUUAAAUAUUUUUCAUUAAUAGAACCCAAUUAUAAUAAUAUUAAUCCAACACUUAGCCUAAUUGAAAAUAUUAAUCAAAAUCUUAAUUAUCUUGAUAUAAAAUUUGAAUGUUAUUAUGAUUAUUAUGACGAUUCAUCAAUUGGACAAAUUCUUCCUUCUAAAUUAGGAUUUUUAAAAUUAGAAUUUUUUAGUAUUAAACCAAGUAAACUAUUGAAAAUAUUUUUAGGAAAUUCUCAAAAUACUCUUAUCAAAAGGUUAUUUAUUAAAAUCACAGUUCAAGAGGAAGUCAAAGAUAUUUUACCUCAUAUAAAAGAAUACAUUAUGAAAAAGAAAAGGGCUAAAUAUUUAGCCAUAUUUAUUAAUAAUCAAGACUUGGUUUCUUUGAAAGAUGAAGUAAAAGAAUUUGAAUUAUAUAAUAUUAAAGUUCAAAAAUAUGAUGAAUAUGAUGAAUCUUAUAUUAGAGUUAUUGAUAUUGUAAACAACUAA